UCUUCGGGAACUCCAUGCUUGACUUUACCUUUUUGCCGCUCUGGACUCUGACUAUAUGUUUAAGUACGGCUGUCUGGACACCCUUAAAAGGUCAGCCUCGUGUGAUCGGGUCACUUCAGCCAAUCAUCGCUGCUCCGGGUGAUGACGUCAUCCUGCCGUGCCACCUGGAUCCUGCUUACAAUGUGGAGGAUCUGACGGUGGAGUGGUCGAAGCCAGAUCUCAAGCCCGACCCCUCUGAUCGUCUGAGCCGGGUCGACUACGUGCACGUUUACAGGGACGGACGUGAAAACCUGGACAUGAAGCUCCAGUCGUACUUCGGCAGGACGAUGCUGUUCACAGACAAACUGAAACGUGGAAACAUUUCUCUGAAGAUCACCAACGUGACGCCGGCUGAUGGAGGGAGAUACAAAUGUUUCAUCCCCAAGUUAAACAGCCAAGUGAAGGAGUCGAUUAUUCUACUUAUUGUUGAUCCAAACUUUGUAAAAUCCUCG